AAAUGCCAUUUAGCAUUGUUUAAAUCCAUUUGUUAUAGAUAUCAUUUCAUGUAGAAGCUGGAGAGUUUCGAUAACGUUCAAUUUCAAAGCCAAAAACCAGUAGCCCCAAUCAAAAAUGGAAUUCGAUUUUACCAAGUCUCCAUUCGGUGUGCCGGAUGAUGUUGCUAGAGCAAAGGCUAUUCGGGGGCUGUUGUCAACCAGUAUGGGCCUGCAAAAGUCACUUCGAGUAAGCAAUGCCUGCAGCAAGAUUAAUCUGAUCUUGCAUCGAUGUCUAACCGCAAUGGACAUUCAGAGUAGAAUUGUGUACGGCAUUCUUGACGCUGGAGAAAUAAAACUUGCACACGUGUGGUUAGAAGUGCAAGGUCACGUGGUUGACAAUACAUUUGUAGAGGACAUUCCAUCAGAGCAAUUGAUUCUUUUGAAAUCUAAAUCUAAGUACGUCGAGAAAAACCCAGAAGAAGAGAGUGGUCUGUACCUCGGUGACGAAGUCACGAAAAAACAUGGCAUCGAUGACCAUAUCAUAAAACUCUUCAAGUGGGAUUUGCAGAAUCCAGAGAAAUCACUCGUCGUUAUGCAAAACAAAGUACAACUGAAGUCAUACUUUCAAAAGAUCAAGGUGUUUGUGAAUCUGAAAUUCUCGGUCUCAGUUGAGGAACCGUCAUCAACAACAAGAUCUCAAUGUUGGGAAUGUGGAAAGGAGUCCUCUCAGACUAAAUUUAAGAAAUGUUCACAGUGUAAAGUAGCGGUGUACUGUUCUAGAGAUUGUCAAAAGAAAGACUGGAAGAAAAUACAUAAAGUACUGUGUUUACCUCCUGGUAUGUACUGACGUCAUCAUCCAAGUCUGUUAUGGAAUCAAAUUCAGACCUGCAGGUCCCAAGAUUAUGAAACAAACUUAGACUUACGUCAAAUUUUCAAUCUCCUGUAAAAUAUUCAUUAUUUAUUGAAUUAAUCUCUAAUUUUGCAAAUGAUAACACUUAGAACUGUAAAACAAUAUUGUAAAACAGUUUGGUUUUGGUCUCUUUGACUACUACAGUAUUUAUGUAAUACAUGAAGAUUUUGACUUAAGCUUAAGAUGCUUCAUGAUCCCGGGGCCAGGACCUUGUCCAGUUUCUUCACAUGAAGAAAUGUAUAAGCAGAUUCUAACAAAUGUGUUUACUAGUAAUAUGUCUUUGUUCACUUCGUUUAAACUGUUUUUCACCUUAAAUUUCAGAAACUGAAUUGUUGUACAGAUUAUUUUAACAAGUUUUAAAUAAAGCAAAACAAAAAUUAGAUAUGCUGAGAUGUACAAAUCUACAAAUCCAAGUACAAUGAAUAAAACGCAUAGAAAAAUACACUGGAGCACACUAUAGUAUCACACACGGGUUGGCUGAAUAAGGAUGUAUUGUCAAUAUGCAAUGUCGUUUGAACAGGUAUAGAGAGCGCACUAG